GUCGACAGUCAUGUCGUCACGACCUUAACCCGGAUGUAAAGGGCCGCCUGUGAGAAAAUCCGAUCCGGGCGAAGCACUGAUCCUAAAAAGCGUGACUGACGGACGAGCGGACGCACGGACGGACGGACCGAGCGCAGCUGCCGCUGUGCUGCAUCCAGCCACACAGAUGUCUGGGGGCCUUUGAUCUGGGGUCCGCCGUGGGGAUCGGCGUUGAGCGAGAGGGGACCGCGGCACAGCCAGGCGGGGCGGCAGGGCGCGGCUUUGCAGGAAGGCUGGGAGAGAUGGUCUCCAGUGGCCUGCUAGUAGCUUCUGGAACGGCAUCGUGGGACUUGUAUCACUCGCAAAGGAAUGCGCUCUUCACCGAACUUAUUUCCGAGGAAGACUGCUGCCGCGUCUUUUUCCCUGAAUCCCUGUUCUUCUCUCUGGGCCGGCGGUUCAGAGGCGUUUUUGUGAUUUUUCCUCCCCUGGACUUCGGUGCUCUGGCCGCACACUCCUGCCGUCAAAGCUGGCGAUGUCAAGAGUACCAAGUCCUCCUCCCCCCGCGGAAAUGUCAAGCGGGCCUGUGGCUGAGAGCUGGUGUUACACUCAGAUCAAAGUGGUGAAGUUCUCCUACAUGUGGACCAUCAACAACUUCAGCUUCUGCCGGGAGGAGAUGGGCGAAGUCAUCAAGAGCUCUACCUUCUCUUCGGGAGCCAAUGACAAGCUCAAAUGGUGUCUGCGAGUCAACCCCAAAGGCCUGGAUGAAGAAAGCAAAGACUACCUGUCGCUCUACUUGCUUCUGGUCAGCUGUCCCAAGGCAGAGGUCCGUGCCAAGUUCAAGUUCUCCAUCCUCAAUGCCAAAGGGGAGGAGACCAAAGCCAUGGAGAGCCAGAGGGCCUACCGCUUUGUCCAGGGCAAAGAUUGGGGCUUCAAGAAGUUCAUCCGCCGGGAUUUCCUGCUGGAUGAGGCCAACGGACUGCUCCCUGACGACAAACUGACCCUGUUCUGUGAGGUGAGCGUGGUGCAGGACUCUGUGAAUAUCUCGGGCCAGAACACCAUGAACAUGGUGAAGGUGCCGGACUGCCGGCUGGCGGACGAGCUUGGCGGGCUGUGGGAGAACUCGCGCUUCACGGACUGCUCCCUCUGCGUGGCCGGGCAGGAGUUCCAGGCACACAAGGCCAUCCUGGCAGCACGCUCCCCGGUGUUCAGCGCCAUGUUCGAGCACGAGAUGGAGGAGAGCAAAAAGAACCGCGUGGAGAUCAACGAUGUGGAGCCUGAGGUCUUCAAAGAGAUGAUGUGCUUCAUUUACACAGGCAAGGCACCUAACCUGGACAAAAUGGCUGAUGACUUGCUAGCAGCGGCAGACAAGUAUGCCCUGGAGCGGUUGAAGGUCAUGUGCGAGGACGCCCUGUGCACCAGUCUAUCGGUGGAAAACGCCGCUGAGAUCCUCAUCCUCGCUGACCUGCACAGCGCCGACCAGCUCAAGACUCAGGCCGUUGACUUCAUCAACUACCAUGCGGCGGAGGUGAUGGAGACGUCAGGCUGGAAGUCCAUGGUGGCGUCUCACCCUCACCUGGUGGCCGAGGCGUACCGCUCCCUGGCCUCGGCACAGUGCCCCUUCCUGGGGCCACCCCGCAAGCGUCUGAAACAGUCCUAGUGGGCCGCCUCCCCCCCCCCCGUAGCAAAGCUCUCAGCCGCUCCCUCCCCAACCUCCUCCACCUCCAGACACUCAUGAGCCCACUGCUAAACAUCUCCCCUCCCCCCGAUGAACCCCCUCAGCCGGUACUGCUGUGUCUUUGUCUCGGUGAACUUGGCGGGAAGAUAAAGAGGGACGAGAUGGGCGACGCAUGAGGCGGCCGGUUUGCGAAGCGGCUCCCCCCCCGUCCGACAGCUGGAGGCCGCGCGCCGCCGUCUCGCGGGGCCGAGGAGCGAGGCGGCCCAGGUAGCGACGGGACUGUCCCGACAGGGGAAAGGACAAGUACAGUUUUAUCGAAUCUGCAUCCAUUAAAUGGGAAUGGAAAGAGGAGAGAAGAAAAUAAAUGUCCAGGCACAGUUCAUAAUAUUUAUCCCGUCAUCCGCUCUCCCGUCUGCGUAGCGACACCGGUGAAUUCAUUGUGGAAGUGUGUGAGGAACGUUUGAAGAUCAAAAAGAGAAGGAACAGAUUGGCCCGCUGAAGCCAAGAUGCCAUCAGCCAUUGUUGAGGCUUUGGCUAAAACUUCAAAAUACAAGAAACAAAAAUGGAGAGAUAUUAAAAUAAAUACAAAAAAAAAAAAAAACAGCAACGGAUAACUUUGCACUACUGUAGAUGUCUUUCUGCUCCUGGUCUAAAUUGUACAUGCCCACAAUGACUUUAUAUUGAGAAUUUGAAAAUAAAAUAUGGGAGUUGACUGGACAUUCCAGCCAGUAGCUGAGCACUGAGGAGACUAAAGAAGAAACAAAAUUGACUCUGCUUGGCUUGCUGAGAGAAGAUAUAUAGGAAUAUAAUUACGCAAGCAUACAGAGAAUAGGUGGAACAAUGUAAAUGAAUUUUUGUGACAUUUGUAUUUGAAUUUUUUUUUUCUCUUGGUAGCACUUGUGUAUUAAAAUCCAAGGUUUCCGUACAAAAAAAGAGAGAAGUAACCAAAAGUCAAGUUGCUCAGAUAAUAAACUAGAAAUUGCCAAUAACAAUUCCAAAGGUCCAAUCAGGCAUGCGGACCUUCCUUUUGACCCUUUUUUUAUUUAAAUUCAGAAAAAAGGCUGUUAUACUAUAGAUGUUUUUCUUAACAGUUUGUACAAACCUCGAUGUUUUGAAAAUAUUUAAGGAAACUUUUUCAUCCACAAAAUUGAAAAACUAACAACAGUUUUUGAUUUGGAGAAAAAACUAUUGAAUGAACACGUUUUAAUGUUCAGGAUAUCCAGAUUAUUUCUUUAAGAAAAUGCAAAAACAAACAAAAAAUAAAACACCCUCAGCUGUUUCUACUCAAAUGCAAUCAUCUUCAAUAUUCCAUGUGAAAAAGAAUCCCUUUCUUUCCUUUUCUUUAUAAUAGGUGGUGUUCAUAUGUGACACUGAAAUAGUUGUAACAAUGUUUUGUUCCUAAAGGAAUAAAUUGCAACUAUUUUGUAUUGUA